AUGAGCUUCGUUACACGCCGAGCGCUCUCGACGCUCAUCCCUCCCAAGGUUGCUUCGCCCAAGGCGAUCGGUGCCAACCCCAACGCCAUCGCGAUGAAGCGCGUCGUCAACUUCUACGAGAAGCUGCCCCAGGGACCCGCCCCCGAGGUCAAGGCCACUGGUAUCCUCGGUCGUUACCAGGCCAAGCACUUCGGCAAGAACUCAUCGGCCAAGCCUAUCAUCCACGCCCUGGUCUUCCUCGUUGCCGUUGGAUACGCCCAGAACUACUACUUCCACCUGCGUCACCACAAGAACAACGCUCACUAA